GCUGGGGAGGAGAAAGAAGAGUCGGUGUGGACUUAGGCCACUGAAGAUGGAGAUUCAUUUGCCUAGUCUACCGUUGAUGAAAAUCUUCUCCUAUCUGGAUGCCUACAGUUUGCUACAGGCUGCCCAAGUGAACAAGAACUGGAAUGAACUUGCAAGCAGUGAUGUCCUGUGGAGGAAGUUGUGUCAGAAGAGAUGGCACUACUGUGACAUGAUCAUCCUACUGCUCCAUGACAAAGAGACAUGGAAGCAGUUCUUCGUUUACCGAACAUGGCAAGAACACGCCAAGACCCGGGCAAAGCCAGAAGAUUUCACUUACAAGGAAAUUCCUGUGGAGUUUGGAAUUUGGGCAUAUGCAUGUUAUAUCUCAGGGCGUGGCUUAACAAGGAAUGGACAAGGGACGUCAGUUAUCUGUAUGUUGACUUCCAUGACCAAGAUUUCCACCUGGGAUAUUCAUGAGGGUGUUAUGACCUGGGUAAGCCCAGUACAGCCAACUACUAUCAAGCUGUUGAAUACCCUCCCUGAGAUGCACAUUGCAGUCACUGUAGAUAUUCACUCAACUAUCAAACUGUGGGACUGUCACAACAGUGAUGCUCUGGCGACUAACAGCCUGUUCUUUCCAUGUCAAUCACUGAAAUCUGUCUUUACCAAGGAUGGUGCUAUUGUCUUGGUAAGCGAUACCUUGGGUAACCUCUACAUCUUUAGGAUUCCAGAUUUACACCUUAUUUCCACAGUCAAUGUAUUCCAGUGUGGUAUUAAUGAACUCUACUGCUCUCCUCAGAAGAAAUGGGUCUUUCUGAGUAGGAAACACCCACAGAUCUCGCCAAAGGUGUUUUACAUGAACAGCUUACUGAGGACAUCAGAAUUCUCUGCUCCUGGGUCUACCAGUCUCGAUUUUUCAUUAUGUGAUAAAGCCUUCUGGACCCCAAGAAAGGAAGACAGGAUAACCCUGAUGUCCAUAUGUUUCCCCCAUAAACUCACAAAGUUUGUCACAUUUGAUAUGAAGCUGAAAGAGAUCGGGAACCAAAUAAUUGUUAAAGGAUAUUUGAUAGCCAGCUUCUCGUUGGUAGAAUAUGAGGGGACACUGGAAUGCUUUGGAGUCAGUGAUAAGGACGUGAUUGUUUGUUCAACGGGAUCCUCUCUCUGGCUCUUCAGCAUCUAUGGUGUCCGUCUGCAGACAUUUGACUACUGCCCAGAAGAGAUCUUGAGACUAUGGGUGGACCCCCUUCAUGUCAUUGUCACUUUUAUUGAUGGCUCUUUGGAUGUGUACGCAUGGGAGGAGAGAUGCCAGCAACUCAGUAAGUGUUAUCGGCUGCAAAACAGGAGACAGCUUCCACAGCAAAGAAACUUGUUCUUGGUGAAUCUAGUAUAG